UGCGAGCAGGCCCAACUGCUCCAUCUCCAAGCGUCGUUUUGCACACCAAGGGUGUGUGUGGGUUUCGAUUCAGAACGACACAAUACAAUACACUGCGAUUCAUUCAUUCCCCGCGUGAUUCGUCGAUCUGAUUCGAGUGGUGUGAUUGAAUAUAGGGUUUGGGAGAUGGCGUCGAGUGUUUUGAGGAAUCUCAUGAGGUUUUCGUCAUCGAAGAACACAAGCACGAGAAGCUUCAGCCUCGUAAGCUCACAAAUCAGCAACCACACCGCCAAGUGGAUGCAGGAUACAAGCAAGAAAUCUCCAAUGGAGCUGAUUAAUGAAGUUCCUCCUAUUAAGGUUGAAGGCAGGAUAGUCGCUUGUGAAGGAGAUACCAAUCCGGCCCUUGGACACCCAAUUGAAUUUAUAUGCCUUGAUUUGGCUGAGCCAGCUGUUUGCAAAUAUUGUGGCCUGCGAUAUGUUCAGGAUCAUCACCAUUAGGACAUGCUUUCUACAAGUAUUCUGGGGUACAUGUAUGGAAUUUCUGCUGAACAUUAAUGUUUCUGGUUACGAUGUUUUCUGACUAAAUCAUGGUUUAAAAAAUAUACUGUUGCAAUUUACCAAAUAAUAAUAUGCCAACAUUGUUAAUGUUACCAUCUGCUAGUGAUCCGGUGUUACAUUGUGCUGUGUGCAGAAGUAAUAAUUUGUAAGAGACUGGAAGUACAGCUUCGUUUAGCAAUCUAUUUUAUAUCAGUAAUUCCUAAGUUGCAAGCUCCUGAUAACGCUAGUUUUUACGAGGCAAAAUACGAAUGUAAGAAGCAAACCUUGAAGGGGUUAGACAGCUAGCUCAUUUGCGACUCCAAAUUAAAGUAAUAGGUUAGGCUUAAAUGGAUUAAUUUAUGGGUAUAGUUCCUGGUUGUAAGAUAUUAUCGUGGGUUAGGGUUUUAUUUUUUAUUUUUUUUCCUGCAAAAAACACCUAAAGAUUUAUAUAGCUCAGUAAUCAAAAUAAAGCAUAAAUCUUGAAUAACAAAAAUAAAAAAUCACAAAAGUUUUUUAAAUUACUACCAUCUACUUUUAUAAGCCAAUAACUGCCGAGUUUCAAUUUCGAUAGCUGCGAGUUUUGUGUUGAUAAUAUUGAUGGUUUGAUCCUCCAUUAAACUACAUACCCUCGUACUCCACUUGAGUGCAUAUAUAUUCAACAACAACGACAAUAAUAAACCCACAAUAAUAUUACUAUAAUUAGUACGACAGGAAAAAAUUAAAUUGAAAAAUUGAACCUCUCCUCGGCCACAGCAGUGUAAACUGAUGAAUUUUCAAGAAAUACAAUCAUGUGGGACCAAAAAAUAAUAGUCACGUAAGUUCCAAUGAUAGUAUGAAACUCUAGUGUAUGGUCAGUGGCCAAGGGAGAAUAGAACUUUUAACUCGGAAGCAAAACCUGAAUCAUCUGUUACAUUUAGUGAUGAAUAUUGAAUAUUGAUUAUUAUCAGCCGUAAAAUUCCAAAAUCUUCCCAUCAAUUGGGGAAAUAAUUAAAUGACAGCAUGCACAGAACAGAAUGCCAGGAGCCAACCCCACAAUACAAGGGUUUCUGGCAAAAUCUCUAAACAUCCUCAUGCACUAGCUUUAUCAGUAGCUGCCAAUUUCCUUCUCUGUUGAUGCUCUGCAAAUUUAUAAUCUACCACUUCACGGAACAAGCUUGGGUCAAGCACACAGUUUUCACUUCCAUAUACAGCAGCUUGAACACUUGCCAUCAGUUUCGCUAUUUCCCUUCCAGAAAAUCCCUCAGUUUUAGCUGCGGCUUCCUUUAUGAUAUCAUCAGUCAAUCCCUUAAUCUCUAUCUGUUGUGGUUUUCCUUUGAGCAUAUUUUGAAUUAAACCAGAUUUUCUUGAUCCAGCUUGGGCUAUGUACUUAUCCAGAUAGAGCUUAAGAAGUUUGAAGCGCUCCUCUUCACCAGGCAAGGGAAAUUCUAGGACCUCAUCAAUUCGGUCUGCCACAGCUGAAUCAAGAUCACCAGGACGGUUUGUGGCAAGAGCAAGAACUAUGUCUUUAGACUGGUCACCAGUUCGGAAGAGAAGCGCAUUUAGUGCACUUCUUUGUGCUUCACUCAUAUAGGUCUUGUUACGCCUGCAAAAUUCAUCCAACGCAAUGAAUCCAAACAAUUUUCAUGCAAAAAUGUUAGUUUCGUAUUAUGUUGCAUAUUAACUUUUUCUAACUUUCAUCCCUUUUCGGAGCUUUUUUUUUUUAAUUUUAAAAAAGCAAUAAAUAUGAUCCUAGAGUGAUGGACUGCAUCUAGCUGCACUAAUAGAGUAUGGCAUUUUUUUACCCCUUGGACAACAUUCCAACAGUGUAACGACUCGCUUGUAGUAGCUCAAUGCGUGUUUUAAAAAUAUGAAUGUCAAUCCAAACUCACUCUUAAUCAUGCCAAUGAGUAAAGAGAAGCGCAACAAAUGAAAACACAUGGAAGAAGUAUUGCUUACUCGCACAGAAAUGCAUCAGCUUCAUCAAUGAAAAGCAAUAAACCCUUUUUUGAUUUCUUAGCCCAAUCAAACAACUGGUGAAUCUUUGUUACAGCCUGUGAUCCCAGUGGAGCAACAUCUCCUCCAGUCAUCAAUGCAUAAUCUAGUCCCUUCAUUAAAUUGAAAAGUACAAAUUAGAUACAAUAACAAUAAAGUUAAAAAAUAAAAUAAACUUGAUGAACAGAGUCAACUGAUCAGGAUAAACUUUAAGUUUCAUAAUAAAACAUGCAAUUGCCAGAAACAUGGCACUGAAUAUCAAUUCAAGUACUGAAUUCAACACAAACAAGAAUUUGAAAUUAUGAAUUUUGGAAGUUAUGAGGAAAAUUAAUUUAUAGAGCCUUUAAAACAUACUUUCGGAUUUUUUAUGUAGGCAGCAAAAUUUAUGAAUGGGAAGAUAGAAGAAAUCAGAAAAAUGUGAGGAUACUUUUGCUGUUAUGUUGAUGAUAUAUACAUGAAAUACAAAGCAUAACAUAUAAUUAAAAAUUCUCCAGAAAAUUGGAAAAACCAAAGUUUGAACAAUGCACCUAUCUAUUUGAUCCAUGUACAAAAAUGGUAUAUUGUCUGACAUACUUAAAAUCUAGACGAACAAGAUAAUAGAUAGAUAGAUAGAUAGAGGUGUAGAAUCAUACAGAUUUACUAGCCAACUCCCUGGCAGCCAUUGUCUUUCCUGUUCCAGGAGGCCCAUAAAAAAGCAUGUUUCUGAAUGGUGCCUGAUGUGCUUUUGUAUUCGCAGUUGCAGAUGCCAGCUGCUCAAUUCUUUUCUGAAGAGAUGGGUGCAAAAUCACAUCACCAAAACCACUUCCAUUUUUGGAAGCAGAUCCUGGAUCAGUGCGUCGAGACAGGGAGGUCAUGGCACGAGAAAACAUGCCAGACCAUGGGUAUUUCCCUCUGGAAGACUCUCGAAUCAGUGAUGGUUGUCCCAAUAUUCUAUCAAUAUAUCCCCAAAUUACUCGUGCACCUUCCCUGCAUUAGACAAAACAGACCUAUAUGAAUAUACACAGCAUAAGCCAUGACUACACUAAUAGCAAGUGAUAACCAUAACACACAAAGUCCAACACAAGUAUAAAUUAUACAACUCUAGCAUGCAAAUUCUACGACAUAACAAAUAGCCUG